UGUAUCCUGACAGGUACAUUUUCUCCUGUUUAACGUCACACUGAACUUGGUAUCCAGCUAUUGGCUCAUCAUAUUGCUAAGAAAAUAAAACAAAACAAAUUUAGAUCUUCUUUCAGCAGAUCCCGGUAGGGUCAUCAAUUCGGUUCUGUUGAAAAAAUCUGUUGCUAAAGUUUAGCGGAUACAUUUAAACAAAUGUAUGCAUUAGUUAUCAAUGUCGAUAUCAUGACUAAGAAGCACAGUGCCAUCAGAAAACACUAGGUGUUUAGUUGCAUGCAUUUUAAAACGUUGCAAACAUGCAUUUAGUGCUCAGUGGAGUGUAGUGUGACAAGGCAUCGAGUUAUUUUCCCCUUACAAUGACAGUUGUCUUCUUUUCUUUUCAGCUAUGAUAUAUCAAUACACAUUUCCUCUGACCCCCCCUCCCCUUUGUGACAGGUUUAAAAUAGAGUGUAUGAAAAUCGAAUAUUUUGUAUCAGUAAGUGUUCCCUUUGAAAAACAAUAUCUUCGUAGAUUAUAAAUGUCUGCAUACUACAAUAAACAAUACCACAUUUUACCAAGUUCAUAUAUACGUAUAUUUGUGGACUGCCAGCUGAGUUUGAGGCCUGUGACAUAAGGCAAUCCACUUCUGCAAGUUUAUGAAGUAGCAAGGUUUGCAUGUUAUGCGAGUGCAAGAUUUGACUUUGCAUCUUGAAUUUGUGUCUGAUGACGUUUUCUCAAUUCUUAUACAGAAAAAAAAUAGUUCAAUGUACCUCAUAGAUUAAAAUGUUUUGAAGUCUUUAAAAAGUAUUGAAACACCCAAAAAUUUCUUUUCAAUAACAUCAUAGAAAUAUCAUAAUAAAACACUAUUUACAAAUAACGUGUACUUAUAUAAUUCAUAGCAAUCAAAAGCCUGUUGUUUAAAGAACUAACCACGUGGGAUAUUGAAGCUCAAAUUAGUUUGUCGGGAUACCUACUGUUUGAUUUACAGAUUCCAGAGGAAAUAUUUAAUAGUUCCUCAUACAAAAUAUACGUAGAAUCUGGACUAUUAAUGCAUGAUCGGUCGAUAUGUUUUUGUGUUUACUGUUCAAAACAAUGACGGUGGACCGAUGUAUGUCCGAGGCAAAUGGUGGUGGGAGGAGCUUUCGUCAGUGCAUUUCAUUGGUCAAAAUAUAAGGUCACGAACUUCUGUGGAUCGAUGUAUUGUCUACCACCACAUAUAUGGUUAAACAAAAGGAUUUGUCCUUUGAUAAGUCCACCGCCCACUAUCCUGAAUACUGUUAUGACGGUUACUAUUGUGAUCGAUAUCAGUCCAGCAAUGCAGUGGACAGAGUCAACAGCACCUGCACUAGGAACCGCCCUAUCGGAAGAUAUCGCUAUGAAAGUGUUUGGUGGCGUGUUGAUUUAGGUGAUAUCUACAAUGUUUACAACGUCAUCAUUUUAUUUAAGGACUACGGAGAGGCGAGAGUAUCAAGGCAAAGAGGUCGCUUUGCUGGAUUUUCCAUUUAUUUGUCCAAUUCAACCAGAAAGGAAGCAGGCAUAAUGUGCUAUAAGAAUGGACAAGAGUUACCUCCCCUUGAAUUCACUACAACAUGCACUGGUCUUGGGCGAUAUGUGUUCUUCUACAACGAAAGACUACGAAAUGUUACAUAUCCUGAUGGAUAUGAAACCUAUACAUACACGGAACUAUGCGAAGUUAUAGUGCAAGGUAAAUAUAUAUUUGAAGCUUUAAUUUAUCUAGUCAUACUUCAUAUCAAUUUUGAAUUUUACUUCAUUACGUACCUAGGUUGUACGAGAACAGGGUUUUAUGGGGAUAAGUGCAGACUACGUUGUCCUGAAAAUUGUCUGGAAAGGAAAUGCAAUAUUGGGAAUGGUACAUGUAUGGAUUGCAACAUUGGAUGGACUGGCAAGUUCUGCAGAGAAAGAUGUCAUUUUGGAUCAUAUGGGGUCGAAUGUCAAUCCAUGUGUGCAGGAUUCUGUAAAGAUAAUGUAUCGUGUAACCACGUGACUGGCGGUUGUGAUGAUGGGUGUGCAGCAGGGUGGUCAGGGACAUUUUGUGAAAAAGAAUGUGAUGUUGGAAAGUAUGGACCAAACUGUAUCCAUAGCUGCAGUGGUUACUGUAUGGACGGCACUCCAUGUAACAGAGAAAAUGGACGCUGUGAGACGGGGUGUAUUCCGGGGUACAUGGGCGAUGUCUGCGAUCAAAAAUGUCCCCCUGGAUCCUACGGAAUAAAUUGUCAGUAUAGAUGCAGUGGACACUGUCAUAAUGAUGAGAUCUGUAAUGGAUAUGAUGGCAGCUGUUCUCGGGGAUGUCAAGAACCAUAUGUCGGUCUAGCAUGUGACUUCUAUCACGAUACAUCAACCAGUGCCUCAACUAUAGCACUCGCUGUAUUGGUUUCACUGAUUGGUACAACCCUUAUAUGUGUUGGUACCAUGUUAUUGAGGAAGAAAUACGGCAAAACACCGGAGAAGGUAAACGAACCCGUGAAGGAAGUCAGAGUAAAUGAAACGUUUUCAACUGCAGAAACCAGUGUAAAAGACGAACCACAAAGUUACGAGGAAGUGAAUGUGUCUGAAAAUUGGAAUGCAUACCAAGACUUAAAUGCUCCGGAUAUUAUGAAUGCAUAUCAGAAUUUGGAGUUUGCAGCUUAAUUUCAAAAGUUUCAAAGUGAUAAUGAUUGUAAAAAAGACCACAUCGACAUCUAGGUUGAUGUAAACUUUGCAGAGGGUAUUUGACUAUAAUUGUCUAAUGAAGUUAAAGAUUUGUAGAUUUCUCAUUCAAUAUGAGCGUUAUCUAAUCUUUUGUCUUUGUUUAGUACGCAUUUAUAUUGAACAUUUUUUUGUAUUUGUCUGUAACACGUCUUUAUUAAGUAACUGCAUUUAGAGUAUUUAUAGUACCAUAAAUUGAGUAUAGAAAUUAAGAAGUAAAAUGUAGAUAAAAUCAUUGGAUUGUCACAAAGUCGACAUUGAACUGAUUUAUAUAAGGCCCUUUUGGGAAAUGGUUGCCAGUAAAACCUUCGUUUUAAGGAUAUUUAUUCUGAUUUGCUUCUUUUUUAAUCUAAUAUUCACUUUUGAUUAUUCGUUUUUCUCCUUAAAAACUUAACAUCGUCUGCUGUCAUCAACUUCAUCAUGCUAACUGUCAUUGCAGGUAUGUUUCGAAGGCUGAGGGUAACAAGUACAGAUAAUAAUAUGUUUAUAACCAGAAAAAAAUUCUCAUCGCAUGGUGUACAUGUUGUUGCUAUUGAUAAGUGCAUGCUUUGAAAUUUAAAACAGAGCAGCAAAAUAUGACGUCACAAUCCAUUAUUGCUGUUAUAGAAUUUAGAAAUUCAUUUCAAAAUUAAGGAUUAUCUCCCUCACUCAUAGCUCUUAUCCUUAAACGAAUUUGACUCCACUUUUUUGGCACUCUGUUUUUCCCUAAAAUACCUCUGAAAGUUUAUUGUUAUUUCGGAUUUCAAACAUUUCGGUUGAGCAUCACUGAAGCGACAUAAUUUGUCGAAAUGCGCAUCUGGUGCAUCCAAAUUGGUACCGUAUCAAUUUUACAAUACAUCAACUGUGUAUUAUUUCCCUUUUUUUAUGAAAAAGCGGAUCAAAUAUCUCAACUCUUCGCUCGUCUUAGUUUGCUGCUAACGUCUAUGUUCAAUAAGAUAUCCAAAUACAAAACAAAUAUUCAGGAC